AACAGUCUCGCGUGAGCCUCGUGACGUCAGGACAGGCGCCAAGGCGUUUGUUGUUAUCGGUGUAGCGAUCUGGAAGUGUUGGGGCAGUAUGGGGGAAUGCUGUAACACGUCACUGGCUGGCUUUAGUCCCAUUAAUACAAAGCCAGAGCUACAAACAAAAUGACUAGCGCUGCUUCUGCUGGAUCUCUAGUCCAAGACGUCAAAACAAUGCAGGGAGAGGCCGCUACGCCGUGGGUUUGUGGGGAGUGGGAAGAGAGGAGCAGCCGUGCCCCCGGAUCCACAGAAGAUGAUAUGAGGCAGUUAGAGGCCAAUUUGCGCCUUCAGUUGCACGAAUGGGCUCCUGUGCUCACUGCUGUCCAGCGCCUCUUAGUGUGGGAAAGAGCCCUGCCUAGUUUAGUCACUGCGGCUGCUCUCCAUGGAGUCUUCUGGCUCUUUUCAUAUCUGUCCCCAAGACCUGUGUUUCUAUUAUGCUUUUUCAUGUUAUUACUUAUUUGUGUGGCACGCUGGAAGCCCUGGCUGGUAGCCCACUUCAGAGCACCAUCUUGGGGAGAUUCUUCCAGUGAUAGUGAAGCCCUGUCGUCUGUGCCUGGAGCAGGUCCCCCCCGCCUUCUAAGUGUGCCUGAAUUGUGCCAUUACCUAUCAGAGUGCUGGAUAACCUCUCAGCAGUACAUCCAGGAGCUGUUGCUCUACAAGAAGCAGAAUCCUGGCACUUUUUGCGCUGUAGUGUGCUCGGGAUGUGCAGCAUUGGCUACCAUCGGACAUUAUGUGCCAGGAAUUAUGAUCUCCUAUAUAAUCUUGCUCAGUGUUUUGUUGUGGCCAGUAGUGGUUUAUCGUGAGCUGAUUCAGAGAAUGUAUACGGCACUGGAACCAGUUCUCAUGAAGUUGGACUACAGCAUGAAGGGAGAAGGACUGCAUCGCUCACACAAGAAGAGGCAGACAAAGAAAGAAGCUGAACAAGGUGAAGAAUUGGUUGCUGAAACAGACAGUGAAAGUGAGAUUGAGCUCUUUGGAUUUUCUCCGGAGAUGGAUGUAAGAAUUACAGCCUUAGCUCUCUCCAUUACAGACUCUGAGCUGUCUGAUGAGGAAGCCUCCAUUCUGGAGAGUGGUGGAUUUUCAGUCUCUAGGGCAACCACACCCCAGCUGACGGAUGUGUCGGAAGAUCUAGACCAGCAGUGCACUGUGACAGAAGAAGGUUCUGCACCCAAAGAGACCAGUGACUUGUCUCAAUGGCUAGGGCAGCGCCCAACUGGCGGGAAACCUUUAUUUGAAACUGAUAUGGCGCACUCACCUGCCCACUCUCUAAACUUAGAAACCGAAGAGCUGUUGCCUUCUCUAACCUCCCCGCUGCACUUUAUUAACACUCACUUCAAUGGAAAGGGACAAGCAGUUGGAUUGACAGGUCAAUCCCUGAGGGAGGACAGUGGAGCUAUUCCCUCUGAUUUGCAGAGCCCCGUAAUGCCAGUUGCUAUUCUGGGACCCGCUCUUUCUGAAGUACAAGAGGCAGGAGACGAUGGGGAGGAUUUUGAGUUGUUGGAGCAAGAGGAGGUGGAUCGGAUGGAGCAGGAGCUGGAAGAGGCUGAGAGGCACCAAGCUGCCGGAACAUCAGAAACUCCUGUCUUUUCACAAACCGAACAAGAGAAACCUGCUUCCUAGGGAUUACAAAGACUAGAUGUGUAGGGGAGGGCACAAGGCUCCUCUCUGAUUUGUCUACAUGCACAGUAUCUGCUCAAGGGAAAGUUAACUUUAGUGUGUUACAGGCAUAAGCAACUGAAACAACUUUGCUGUUGGACUUUGUUUUUUAUUUAUGCCUUCUAAUAUUUUAUCACUACAAUUUAUAUCCUGCCUUUUUCCAAAGUAAAAUACAAAAUGCUAUCAGUGUGUUCUGGUUAGUUGUUAUGGAACUGAAAAGCAGCUAGGACAAUCGCCGGUGGCAUCAACAUUUCUGCAAUUGCUUUGUCUCAGUGGCUACGGCCUGGUCCCCAGUGGUAUCUAGCAAAUUGCCAUUGAGAUGAAUGCGAUGUUUUCUGCUGGCCAUUUGAGCUACUCAAAUGCUUUGAAUCACUGAAUGUGCCAUUGUCCUGAGGUAUAUUAUUACAGGUUUGGGACCUGUUAUCCAGAUUGCCAGGGACCUGGGGUUUUUCCAGAUAGCAGAUCUUUCUGUAAUUUGGAUCUCCAUACCUUCAUAAGUCUAUUAGAAAAUAAUUUAAACAUUAAAUAAAGAUGAUUUUGCUUCCAAUAAGAAUUAAUUAUAUCAUAGUUUGGAUCAAGUACAAGCAACUGUUUUAUUAUUACAGAGAAAAAGGGAAUCAUUGUUAAAAAUUUGGAUUAUUUUGAUAAAAUGGAGUCUAUGGGAGACAGCAUUUCUGUAAUUCUGAGCUUUCUGGAUAACAGGUUUCCAGAUAACGGAUCUCAUACCUGUACUAUAAUUUGUCAGUACUUAUCAUACUCUUGGGACUGUUGCUAGGCAUAGCAGUUUCAAUUCCAUACUGGUAAGCAGUAAAAGUUAAAAAAAAAAAAAAAAAAUUAGCACCAACUGCAAAUUUUCUCAGAAUACUACAUCAUACUAGAAGUAACUUCUAUGGCCAAGAUCCUUUUUAAUGUUAUCUGGCAAGACAUAAAGUGGUCUAUCACAAUGGACAUUGGCUAAAGGAAUUAGCUUUUUGCCAUCCUUUUCCCCAGGGAAAGGCUUAAUUUUUAUUCUAAACAAACAUCUUUGAUUUUUCAUUGCUUUGUGGCCCUGGAUACACGUUAUAGUAUAUAUUUUUUUCUUCAUGG